UUAGUUUAUGUCAUGUGACGACAAACAUGUCAACAUUAGUCUGCACUUCGAUGUUAACGACAGCAAAUUACCGCUGAAACGUCGUUUUAUAUUCAUGUAUGUCUGUGAGCAUGAUGUACUGUUAGCUUCUGAAGCUAAGAAAUUAAUGUUAGUUGUUUCCACUUUGGCUGUCAUUGCGCAGUUUGCUAUGCCUCAGUUAUUAAUUGUGGUGCACGUUGCAGGAUGGCUGGAUCUCAAACUGGCCAGUCCUCCCUUGUACAAAGCUUGGCCACACUCCUCCGAAAUGAUGGUGAUUUGGUGCUGGAUGGCAGCAGCACACUGACCCUUCCAGCCGCCAGCUUGCAGCAGCUCACUAGACUGUUUGAGCAGUACUUGUUGUCCAGGAGCCAGCAGCAUGGUUUCCUGGCACUGCCCUCCCAUCCUGCUGACACGGCUUCUUUGUUGCAACUGCAGUUCCUAUUUGACGUCCUUCAGAAGACUAUCUCCCUUAAGCUCAUCAACCCUCCGGAAGCGAAACUUCAGUCUGUGGUGAAAAUCUUUCCCUUCAAGUCUCUGAAGUGUUUAGAGUUAAAACGGGUGCCCCCGCAUUGUCUAGAAGGUCUUAGAGGAGUUUACUCUCAGUUGGAGGUGUUUACCUGCUCAAAAAGCCUCAGCUCAAUGGAGGAGCUUCUUUCUUUAUGUGGAGGCGACCUGAGCUCUGCACUGCCUUGGCUUGAACUGCAUACCCUCAACUUUAGCUACAACUACAUCGUCUGCCUUGACCAGUCACUAAGUUUACUUAAUGUCCUAAAAUCUUUGGAUUUAAGCCACAACAAGAUUCAAGAGUGUGCCGAAUUCCUAAAGCCACUGAGUGAGCUGGAACACUUGAAUCUUGGCUACAACUGCCUGCAGAGGGCGCCAACGCUAGGCCUGAGCACCAGAGCCAAACUAGUCACACUCAUCCUCAGGAAUAAUGAACUGGAGACCAUCAACGGCGUGGAGCAGUUGUCUGCACUUCAGCAUCUAGACCUGGCCUACAACCUCCUGUUGGAGCAUUCCCAGCUGGCCCCUCUCUCCCUGCUGCACUGCCUCUGCACACUGAACCUCGAGGGCAACCCGCUGUACUUCCAGAAAACCCAUCGCACUUGCACCGUCCGACAUCUGUCUCCAAAGGCUGCCAACCUUAGGUUUAAACUUGAUGGUACCCAGCUGUCCUCAUCUGAGUUAUCAGUCCUGCCAAAGCCAGGGCAGCUGAUUGUCCAAUCACAGCCUCCUCCUCCUCCUCCUCCUUCAGUCACCAUGGCACCAGAGCGGAAUAACCAGGACGUGUCCAGCGGUGCUGGGGAGCUGAGUGACAGCCAGUCAGUAGGGGAGGUGGGAGUCUCACACAUCCGCAAAAAGAAAUCCAAGAAUAAAAUUAAAGUGCGAAGGGCGAGCAUCUCUGAGCCCAGCGAUACAGACUACGAGACAAAACCACUGCCUUGCACACAGGCCAUCGUCCUUCCACAUCAGCAAGAGAUUGAGCGCAUGUCCAGUUUUAGAGAUCAGCUUGGCGAGGACUGGCUGCGCUACCAGCAUCAUCUGGACACAGAGUCUCCCUCUAACGCUAACACCACCGUUAGCACUGACCAGCCUCAGCAUCGAACCCUUCCCAAUGGCCUCAAUGCCAACCCACUUCCGUCCUCCACUCCUGCACCACAACCGUGUCCUCCUCCACCGUCCACAGAAACCCCUGAGGUUCUCCCUCCACCAUUGUUGUCCUCCGAGUUGAAGGCGGAGACAUUUGACGUGGAUGUGGAGGGGGACACAGAGUCCACACUGCAGUGGCCCGGUCACAGCUGUCCACUAACUGAAUCGACGUUAGAGGACUGCCAGGUGGACGUUCAGGAGGCAGGAUGUGGACAGGGGAACUCGCCCAGACUGACUCCAGAGUCCCAGAGGUCGGUGAGAGCAGGGAGUGGAGACGCCAAGGACGAUGAGGACGACGACGGCUUAGGAGUGGACCUGUGUCUUCCUCUGCUUGUUGGUGUCCUGUCCAACAAAGAAGAGGACAACAUGGAGCAGGUAGAUGGCGCCAUCAGGAGGACAGAGGUGUUCCUGCGGGUCAAACAGGGUCUGCUGCUAGAGGUGGACACGCAGCGUGGCCGGGAGCGAUGCCGCCUGGAGCUGGACAGCCUGAAUGCCGUGGAGACCACAGAGGCCAGCUGGACCCGAGGGGAAACAGACAAGAAGCUUCCAGCUGUGGAGCUGCAGUUCGACUACAUCAGCAGAGAGAAGAGGAGGAGAUGUUACGUCCUCCUGGAUGAUGAGCCACAACAGGCGUUACAGGCCCUGAUUGAUGUACUUUCUCGUGUGGUGGAGGAGAACCAGCGUCAGGACUCCAUCUUUGGCCCCAGCAGCGUUCGUCUGCAGUGCCUUCGCUGCAGGUCAGAGUUCACGCUCCAGGCAGACGGCAGUGACGAGGAGCCGGGGUCCAGAGCCAGGAGGCGAGGGGCCGCUAUGCUACCAGGAGGAGAAAGGGAGGUGGAGGAGGAGCUGACGGAGUGUGAUGACGGCAUCAAAGAGAAAAGUAUGUUAUGUCCAGAAUGUGGUAGUGACCAUGUGGUCCAGCUUGAUGGCCAGUCCACUCCUUACAGCAGUACACCCGUCAGCCAUCCACCAAGGCCGAACGGCGAGGACGAUCAUCUGGACGUAACCCAGAGCACUCAAAGCGCCAAUCAGGAGGAUAACACAGAUGGCAGCCUUAGCAGUAGUCCCAUCCUGGAAUCCACUAACGUCACCGAAGACCCCACCUCGGCCUUCGUUACUGCCAGAAGCUCCUUCUUCAUCGGGGAGGCCCAGACCGACACCUGCAGCCUUUCUUCUAACACGGAGGGUAAAGAAGAGCUGGCUGGGAGCUACCGCUACACAGAUCCUAACAUGACAUCAGCAGAGGCCGCCGCCUGUCCUUCAGGGAGAUCCACACCAAAUCCAAGCGAUGAGUUGGACCUGCUGACAGAGGACUAUGAGUUCGUGGACCAUCGGCUCAAACUUUUCCUGGAUGUAGAGGUCUUUGAGGAUGAAGAGGAGCUUCAUUUUUUCCUUAAGAUUUCAGCGGUCAAAUUUGGAGAGCCAGGAGAGGUUCCGUCUCUGUUGGUGGUGUCAAACCAGAGGAUCUAUUUCUUGGAAAUGACAUCAGAGACACACAGAGGCCAGCUCUCUGAUUGGCUCCAAAAGAGGGACAGCCACCCAAUAAUGGAGCUCAGCUACCUGGAGGUGGGGCUGGGCUCUCAGAGCAUCCACAUGGAGUUUGGGAACAGUGGCACGGCCUACACACUCCUCAUCAGGGACAGUUUACGCUGCAAGAAAUUCUUUGGCCAGUUGACAGGAAUCGUACGUGAAAUGGCCCACAAGUCUGACAGUUUGCUCAAGUCUAUCUCCACCACGAGACUCAACCCACAGCACCACCUCUGGCCUCUGGUAUGUGAAGACAUCCAGGCAGACAUGGAGGACGGCCAGCUGCAGUUCUUCUACAUUCUGGCUUUCGUCCUGCAAGAGGGCUUUUGGACUCCACUGACUGUCUUAGCAACACGAGAAACUCUGUAUCUGCUCAGAGAGGACCACCAAUGGAGGAAGACCUCAAAUGACCUCUCGGCCAAUGAAAAUGCAGAACCCUGCAGCGGGAGUGUCACCAUUUUAGAAACGCUGCCCAUCAGCUGUGUGAGCUCCAUUCUCCUGUGGCCCUCAGACUCCUGCAGGAUGGAUAUUAAGCUUUAUGAUGAGACUGUGAAGCAGGAGAAGACGUGGUGUGUUCGUUCAGAGAGCUCCGAUCUCCUCCAGGACCUGCAGGCCUGGGUCCGAGCACAGUGGGAGGCCAUGUUCGGAGUCAAACUAGACACAAACCUGCAAGACGAAGCGACAUGAUGGGAGGGCAGCCAGAAAAAGAUCAGUGUGUUGAUACUUAGAAUUGCUGUGAGGGCCAUGAGGGAAUGUGUGUAUUUUCUCUGCACUCAGUCCAGUCCUGUUAUGUUCAUCGCUUUCAUUGUCUUUUAGGCCAGGAAUGUAGAAGUGAUUGCACUCAUUCAUGUGGUCUACAAGACUGUGAAAGCACUGGUUGCAUAAUAAUUUCUUCUCUAGAUACAAUCCCUUGAACUUUUCUACAUCUGAAAUGGAGUGUGCCUUGUUUCCUGUUUUCUUUCUUUGUGAGAGUUCUAUUUGGAAUGCACCUUAAUGCACCACUAAGCUUUUGUCCAGUAGAACUACAUUUGUCGCCAGAGGUGCAAUCGGUUGUGAAGCGACGGUAACACACAGACACACACACAACAAUAUAAUUUAUGAAUAAGCAUAACAGAUAUACACAUCAAAUGGCCAUCGUUAAAGAGGAAACUGAUCAACAGAAUCAGUUGGAAAAAAAAGACAUAAUAUUUGUAAGCUAAUAAAUAGCCUGAUAUUACAACAAUAAAAAGUAAUAUUUUGACAAUAUUCUUCUUAAGUCAUCUUAAUAUUUUAAUCUUAAACUUGCAAUAUUUUGAGAAAAAAGUAUUUCAUUUCAAACUAUCAGGUUAUUUUUUUUCCUGGAUACCCAGACAUGCUACUUGUGAGUGAUUCAAGGACCCGAGCCCCUGAUGUGUGUGUUAUCUGUGUGUUUGAAUAAAUUUUUGUGACAUCCUCAUGGUUUGAGGUUCCUCUCACAUGUUCCCCCACACCUUUUAAUCCCAACUGGGGGUCAUGUGAUGUGUCUCAGCAUCGUGGGUAAUGUGCAUAAAAAUACCACAAGUGCAAACCUGCAGAAAGAAACACAAACAUGGGAACAGAGCUUAUUUCUUUAUGUUCUUUAUAUUUAUUUUUGUUUAUUUUCAUAAUUUACUGUCACAGCUGUCAUUCGGUAAGUAGCCUCUACUGCUACUAAUAAUGUGUGUCAAGUUGUAAAACGGGCAGUGGAGCAGAGAUGUGAAUCUGCAUAUUUUCAUCAUGUUCAGAUGUAGGAAAGAUCCAAAUACAGUACUGGUAAUUUAGAGGUAGAUGUACAUGUAACUUAAUUUAUUUGUUUGUUAGCAUUUUUGAUUAAAAAGUGUAUUUUAUUUUUAUAUAAAUACAAAAAGCAUCGAGCUGUUAUUGGGAUUUUUUUUUUCCUUUUUUAAUAUUUUGUGUUAUAAGCUCUUUAUUUCUUGCCACCACAGAGUAAUAAAGUAGUUCUUUUUAAAGCUGUUUAAUAACUAUAACUUAUUACCAUGACAGUACUACAGGUCAUAUUAAAAAAAAACAAAAACAUGUUGACAAAAAUUGUAUGACAUGAUCCAGACAAAGUGAAGGCUGAAUGUUUUCAUGCUUUCGUCAUGCUGCCACAAAACACUAUUUGAAUACAUAAAAUUUACACCUAUUUCCCCUCGGGGAAGCAGAAGUCUGGCAUUUUUACAUGCACCCUCUGACCCUGGCUCUAUCAGUUUGUCAAUCUAAUUACUUUCAUGUCAGUGCUUGAUAUGUGCAUGUGAUAAUGUCUCAGAUUGUGUAAAUAUGACCUGAAGAAGAAGGUCAUGUGUACAUUAACUCUGUAGAAAAACUUCUGACAGGUAAUUAGUGCGAUUAACUUUUCACAUUUGCACAUUCCUGCAGUGAUAAACACAUUAGCUAGGAGUGGUACGUUAACAGUAGCUGUCUUGUCAGCCAUAAAAAAAAUGUUCUGUUUUUGUCCCUAAAAUGAUGCUCUUUGGAAUACAUGUUUUAUUCAGAUUAUGUCUAGCAUAAAGGUGUGGUCCGAGCUCUUCUUCAGGUGAAAAGACACAUGUUUACUACUGUGUCAUUUAACGUUAUCCACGCUAGCAUUACCAGCUACACUAUCAAAUAGGUUUUAUUUCACUUUAAAAUACAGUUCAAUGCCCUUCUGUUCUUUGCCUUUCAGUCAGUGAUAAUGAUUUGUUUGAUUCCCAGUGUUUGACUUGAAACUGGAGCCCAAAAGCACAACAUUAUCCUUUUAAACGCAGCAUUGAUGUCAAAAGAAAAUGGCCGCCAUGUGAAUUAAGC